AUGCUCUACGAUCUCAAUAUUCCUUGGUCAUCAAGUAAAGACCCUCUUGAUCUCCAAAGGACAAUCUCAUUUCUUUCAGAAUUAGGCUACGGCACCAUAGCUCUUAAUCACAUCCAAAGCGGACCGCUUCCUUCCACUAUAACAAACCCAAUACCUACGAAAUUCCUUUUCACAGUGCCUCCCAAAACAGUCAUUCUCCGCCGUUGCACCCUCACUCUCUCCGAUCCCUCCCUCAACCACCGUCUCUCAGCCAUUUCAUCCGCCUACGAUAUUGUCGCAAUUCGCCCUACCACAGAAAAGGCAUUUCUCGCAGCAUGUCUUAAUCUAGCUGAGCACUCUCUCAUAUCCCUUGAUCUCACACAACGAUAUCCAUUUCACUUCAAACCUAAGCCUCUCAUGGCUGCUAUACAUCGUGGCAUUAGAUUUGAGAUAUGUUACGCGCAAGCUACGAUGGAAGAUUCAAAUGCGCGCAAAAACUUUAUAAGUAAUUGUCUGGGCAUAUUCAGAGCUACGAGGGGAAGAGGGAUUGUCAUAAGUAGUGAAGCCAAGACUGCAUUGGGUAUCAGAGGCCCAGCAGAUGUAGUCAAUUUGAUGGCAGUAUGGGGAUUGGGUAGAGAAAGAGGCAUGGAAGGAUUGGGCGACAAUCCAAGAUCGGUGGUUAUAAAUGAGGGACUAAAAAGAAGUUCUUACAGAGGAUUGGUGGAUGUGGUUUAUGGUGGUGAACGGAGCGUUGCGAAGGACACUGAAAUCAGCGAGGCACAGAAGACUAAAGUAAAUAAUGGGGAAAAGGGAAAGGGAAAAAGGAAAGCCGAUGAUAAUAAUGAGGUGAAGGAGAACGAGCAACCCCAGAUAAGUAAGAGACAGGCAAAGAAACAGAGGAUGGAAGCCUUGAAAGCCGCCGACUCCAAUUCGAGCUCAUCGAAGGAAACAUCUCCUACAGCUCCUGCAAUUAUAGAUACUAAUAAUAUAAUAAAAGCGAAAGCUAAUAGUUGA